AUGGCCUCCCAGGCAGAGGCCGGCGGCUCUGCCCGCACUCAAAAUGGCGGCGGCGGCUACAGCGCGUGGCGCCGGCGGGGCGGGGCGAGCGGGGUCAGAGGCCUCGCCGAGAUUGGCCCCUCGCGCGUCCCGUCGGCCGCGCCGCUCUCAUGGCAACGGGCGGGGGCGGCGGCCCAGCGGAGGCAGCGCCGCGGGAUGGAGCCGGCCCGGGAGGCGGAGGAGCCCCCCGGGUCCCCGGCGCUGCCCUCCGAGGAGCCGCAGGCCGGUCACCCCUCUGGGGCACCGCCGGCAGAUGGGCCGCUGCCUGCCGCUGCCGGCCGGGGCCGCAGGGGUGCCGGCCCGAAAGGCCCAUCCGGGCGGUCGGUGCGGGGCAGGGGCCGGCGGGCCCCGGGCCGGCGCGGAGGGGAGGACGGAGGCCGCGCCGCCCGGCGGCCCCGCGUCACGGUGGACAGCUCCAAGGCCAAGACCUCGCUGGAGGCGCUGAAGAUCAGCCUACGGCAGCUGCACUGGAGGGAGUAUCCUUUUGGCAGACGCUUGCCGUGUGAUAUCUAUUGGCACGGGGUAUCAUUUCAUGACAACAAUAUAUUCUCAGGUCAAGUCAACAAGUUUCCAGGUAUGACAGAGAUGGUACGAAAAGUUACCCUGAGUCGGGCAGUGCGAACAAUGCAGGAUCUGUUUCCGCUUGAAUAUAACUUCUAUCCUCGAUCCUGGAUUCUGCCAGAAGAAUUUCCCCUCUUUGUGGAUGAGGUUCGUAUGAUGAAAGACAGCGAUCCAUCCUGGAAGCCCACUUUUAUUGUAAAACCUGAUGGAGGGUGCCAGGGGGAUGGAAUCUACCUCAUUAAAGACCCAAGUGACAUCAGGCAGACAGGGAGCAUCCAGAGCCGGCCAGCUGUGGUCCAGGAGUACAUCUGCAAACCACUGCUUGUUGACAAACUGAAGUUUGAUAUUCGUCUUUAUGUCUUAUUGAAAUCUUUAGAACCCUUAGAGAUUUAUAUAGCCAAAGAUGGACUUUCUAGAUUCUGUACAGAGCCCUACCAAGAACCCACACUAAAAAAUUUGCACCAGGUUUUUAUGCAUUUAACCAACUACUCACUAAAUAUCCAUAGUGGGAAUUUCAUCCAUUCUGACAGUGUGAACACUGGCAGCAAGAGGACUUUCUCCAGCAUUCUAUGCAGGCUGUCUUCCAGAGGAGCUGAUGUCAAAAAGCUGUGGUCAGAUAUAAUUUCACUGGUGAUAAAAACAAUUAUUGCACUGACACCAGAACUGAAAGUUUACUAUCAGUCUGACAUACCAGCAGGAAAGCCUGGACCAACUUGCUUCCAGAUUUUAGGGUUUGACAUUCUCCUGAUGAAAAACUUGAAGCCGAUGUUACUUGAAGUAAAUGCAAACCCCAGCAUGAGAAUAGAACAUGAGCAAGAGCUUUCUCCUGGAGUAUUUGAAAACGUCCCAAGCCCCGUUGAUGAAGAAGUGAAAGUAGCUGUUAUCAGAGACACUCUUCGUCUGAUGGACCCUCAGAAUAAAAAGAGAAAAGAUAUCCAGUGUCAGACUUCAGAGCAUGUGACAGAAGCAAACGAAAACCUGUUGGACACAGGACCAGCAGACGGCCUGGAACAUGAGAGCACCAGAACUCUGGAGCCUGAACUCCCCUCCCUUUGUCUCAAGCAAGUGUUUCCCAAGUACGCGAAGCAGUUUAACUACCUACGGCUUGUGGACAGAGUGGCUGCCUUGUUUAUCCGAUUUCUUGGUGUGAAAGGGACAACAAAGUUGGGGCCAACAGGUUUCCGGACGUUUAUAAGAAACUGCAAACUGAGUAACAGCAAUUUUUCAAUGGCUUGUGUGGAUAUCUUAUAUAUCGAUAUCACAAGAAGGAGGAAUGGCAUGGGAAUUGACCACAGAGAAUCAGGGAUGUGUUUGCAAGCCUUUGUGGAAGCUUUCUUCUGUCUGGCUCAGAAGAAAUACAAAUCCCUCCCACUCCACCAGCAAGUGACAUUGCUGAUUGAUUUCUGUGAGUAUCAGCUCACCGUCCUGGAUGCAAAGCGCCGAGCUCUUUGUCACGCAGAUGGACCUCACCUCGCACCAGCUUCACAUCCAUCCCUCCUGGGUCGCUCGGCCCCAGCUAGUAAACUGUCAGAUUAUAGAAAUCAUCGUUAGUGACGGUGCUAAUUCACCAGCACAGAACUGAGAUUUAAUCCCCAGGUACGUGCAUGUCCUGCAGGAGGAGAGACCAACUCCUGAAUCCCUUCAGCUGAUAGGCAUAGUUAUUUAUUUCAGCUUUUCUUAUUUAUGCUCUUCAAAAAGCCUCCUGCAAGCUCCCAUUCUCAAAUAACAACCCUGGCAAUGGCUGUUUAUUUACAGCUCUGUUGGACCUGCAGCACACCUCACGUGGCAAACUGUGCUUUCAUCCCAAGUAUAUAGGAAACCACGUGUGAAGACAAGGACCAAAAUACAAUGGGAUAAUAACCAGCAUCACGGAGUUGCAGUGACUGAGAGGUACCCUUAUGUCAAAGGAAUUACAUUGCUCUGUAUGCACUGGACAUAUUAUGGAAACCAAGUAAGGAGCUGCAGUCUCAAAUACCAGUUGCAGACUUUGGAAAACUGAAACCUGGAGUUAGGUUUGUGGUCAGACUUCAGGCUUUGACUCUUUUUUCGGUCACUUGGACUGUACAUGUUGGAAUCAAUACAGAUUUGGUCAUUGACUUUGUACUCCUUUUCUAAAGUCGGUCUUAAAACACUGAAAUGAUAUUUUGGCUUCUACUCUUUGUACAUGUCUCUGCCAUGACAAGUACUGUUAAUUUUCUAAAGAAAAACUAAAGAUAUUUAUCCUUUUGCUUCCAUAGAACUGAUAAGCUCACACUUAGAGGAAAAAUGUACUUCAUUAAGUCAGAUCCAAUGAAUCAAGAGGUGGUUUUGUCUUCAGGUACUAAGCACUGCUUCUGCAAAUGGCUUUACGGUGUAAAGAGUUCAUUUAAAUUCCAGUGAAGCCAAUCCUGUCGCUGACUUUAGGCUGAGUUAUUGUAUUCUAGGUUUGCUGAUUUUUUGCCUUUUGCAUGUUUGUUGCCCUUUCUGGACCUGCAGUAACAUCUAGAGCAGAUUUUUCUUUUGUCUUUGCACAUAUUCUUAAUUUUUUUCUCCUUAAAUAACUGUAUAAUUCUGUAAAAAUGAGAUCUGUAGUAUUUAACAGGGUAUUUGUCAGGAAUGCUGGGCUAUACCACUGCGGUUGUACAGAAAGUCUUUAUUUUUCAAGGAGGGAGCCAUAACAUUGAUAAUCACACUCUUUGGGGGGGAGGCUGAGCACAAUGUGACACUGGCUGGUAGGACAGGAAUAACUUGGAACAUCAGGGCUGUUCAGUCCAAUCCUUUUCAGUCUUGUAUUUUACUACAAGGAUGUAUGUCUGCAUCCGAGUUUGAUUUUCUCCUUUGCUCUAUUCUCUAAUGUUAAUGAGUCUGCUUAUGUUCCAGUGUCCCUCGUGCUGUCAGGAAUCACAAAUGGCACAGGCAUUUAGCUUUGGAUUGGAGAAAAUGACCUGAGCUCGAGGUCACAAUGUGCCGAUGGCUGGUGUGUCAGAGGAGUGACGUUGCAGGAAGCACACUGCCUGUGCCAGGCAGCCCACCCACUUAAUGCCAUGGACUAAAUGCACACACCGUAUUGAGUGAGUUGUUACUUCAGGAGAAGUUUAGAGUUUCUUUCCUGAUUUUUCUGUUAAGCAGCAUGGCACUACAAUGCAGAAGGCAAGCUGAGCCCACAAGAAAGUAAUACCUAGCAUGUGCUAAUACCAGAUGUGGGCAUCCCUUCUUCUCUUUGUCUUUUCUGUAACACCAAUGAAAGCAGCAGUAAAUGAUUCUCAGUUCAAUGGCUAGACUGCUUCACAUUUUAUGUAUUGUGCAUAAGAGGCCAAUUGCAGCCUAAUGCCACUGCCUGGUUUAAGUUUUGUAAAGAUUAUUGCAAUAUGAAGAUAAAAUGCCAAACUCUAAGGUCUGGCAUCUGUCAGAACAAAUGAAGCUGAAAGGGCCAUUUUUUUUCCACACUUUCAUUGUAAUAUGUUUGAAGACAUUCACAAGUUGAAAAAUGGUUACUUCUUACUUGGGGACAUCUGACAUUUGUCUUGCGAUUGGCAGUGUGUUACUAGAAAAUAGCUUACAGUUUCUCUCAUCCUGUGAUUGAUGUCCUGUAAAGACAGAGUUGCAGAAGAGUCAGAUUUGAAAUGAUACAACUGUGAAUGCCUUUCCUUACCGCUUUCUUAAUAUGAUCUAUGGCCUAAAAUAGCCAAGUUUUGCUAUUGUAUAAAUUACCCUUAUCUCAGUGGAAUAAAAUAAUUAUUGUAUAUAAUGAACA